AUGAUGCUGCGUUAGUCAUUUGAGUUGACAGAGAGCUACGAGGAUGGCUGAAUAACUCAUAAUUGAUUUAUAGCGCCUUUAUUUAGAUAUAGAAUGGUCAUUGCAAACUCGUUUUUACACUGUGUCGGCGCAGCAGCGACGACUUGCAUGAGAUGAGCGAGAUAUACAUUUUCAAGUAAGCGUGACUAAGCUUUACUUCAUGAACGAGCUUGAGCACUGAGCUCGAAGCUGAGAGUGUCAGCGAGCCCAUGUGUGCUGUGGCCUGUGUAUGAUCGCGAAUUCCCUACUGCUCGUAGAGAAAUCAGUGCGCUGGCGCUACUUUGCUUAGUAGUGUCUCGUGUGCGUCGCUCGGCCUUUUGAAACUAUCUCAAUGAUCGAGCUUAAUAAAAAGCAAUCUGCAUCCUUCAUCAAUUUGACCUCUGAGCCCAGUCACAGCAGGCGCACUGGCAAAAACUGCCGUGCAGUCGACCAAAGUAUUAACAGACUAUCUAAAUUUUAAUUCGUAACCGAGUUUUUGUUUAGUUUCUUCGAAACGCACCUGUUAAAACUCACCCGUAGAUAAUAUACAUUGAAUCCGUAAGCAUGUCUGAGAACGUCAACCCUGUCAAGUACUUCCUGAGUGGAGGAUUCGGUGGAGUAUGCACCGUCCUCGCAGGUCAUCCUCUUGAUACGAUCAAAGUACGGCUGCAAACCAUGCCAAUCCCUGGUCCAAAUGAAAAACCACUAUAUGCUGGUACUUUGGAUUGCGCUAAAAAAACUUUAGCAAAAGAAGGUGUAAGAGGAUUUUACAAAGGUAUGGCAGCACCUCUCGUUGGAGUUGCUCCAAUUUUUGCUAUGAGCUUUUUAGGUUUUGGCAUUGGUAAGAAGCUGCAACAAAAAGAUCCAAAUGAAAAGCUCAGUGAGCUCCAACUAUUUUAUGCUGGAGCGUUUAGUGGAAUAUUCACAACAGUUAUUAUGGCUCCAGGAGAGCGUAUCAAGUGUCUUCUGCAAAUACAGGCAUCAGAAGCUAAACCAAAGUACAGUGGUCCCACAGACUGUGUAAAACAAUUGUACAGGGAAGGUGGUUUGAGAAGUAUUUUCAAAGGUUCAUGCGCUACUUUGUUAAGAGAUGUACCUGCCAGUGGGGUUUAUUUUACUACCUACGAAGUGAUACAAAGAGCUCUUAAAUCGGAGGACGGAAAAUUAUCGUUAUUAUCAACCAUUACUGCCGGAGGUUGUGCAGGAAUAGCCAAUUGGAUCAUCGGAAUGCCGCCUGAUGUUUUAAAAUCUCGCCUUCAAACUGCACCUGAAGGAACCUACAAAAAAGGAGUUCGAGAGGUUUUUGUACAACUCAUGAAAAAUGAGGGUCCAGCAGCUUUAUACAAGGGUGUAGUUCCAGUUAUGUUACGAGCUUUUCCCGCAAACGCAGCUUGCUUUUUAGGUUUUGAGGUAGCAAAGAAUUUCUUAGAUUGGGUUGCUCCGAAUAUGUAAAGGCAGGCAUUGUUUAAAUUCUACAUGCUUUAAUUGACUUUUGAUAUAUUUAUGUUUGUCAAAUUUUAUGACAGAUCGAUACAAUGUUUUUACAUCAACCUUUGAUGGAUGAUAUAUAGUUAGCAUUUAAAUUUGCCUAUAUUAGGAUCAUGAGAUUUAACUUAUUUUAGUCAAGUAUUUUUUACCAUUUUAUUGCCGUGCUGAUUAUUAAAAAAUUCACUUCGGUAUUCAAUUAAAAGUAGUACCAAUUGAUUUUUGUUCUUUUAUAUUUAAAAUAUGUUACACCAGUUACUUUUUAGUAAAAUUGUACUAAUUGACUCAUGUAUAAAAAAUUAACUACUUUUUUAACGCUGGAACAAAAAAAUUAAUACUGACUAAAAUUUUAAUCAAACAAAAGUUUUAAAAACGAUGAAUGAAAAGGAAUGAAAACUGUGCAAUGAAAAACUUCUACUGGUUGGUUAUAAAGCUUUAUCACAUGCUGAUGCUAUAGUCAUCAUCAUAGAUUAGGUAAUUAAUAUUUUAUUUUAGAAAUAUCAAUUGUUUCGUGAUGGGUAAAUGGAUAAUUAAAUUUUUGAAUUGGUUUAUUUUUUUAUACGAAUUUUUUAUUCUUACUUUAGAUUUUAGAAGUUGUGUACAUUUGUAAAAGUUGGUGUUUUACACCAAGAUUGUAAUUUAUUUUCAAAAGUAAGAUAAAGUUCUGGGAUGGGUUGCUCGACUGGUCAAGCAAUAAUAUAAAAAUGUUAUUAUACAAGAUAUAAACUCAUAUUGUGAUUUUCUUCGCCUUUGUAUCAUAUAAUAUGACUGCCAUUAAGGUGAAAAUCACGCGUAAAGCACAAAGGAAUUGCCUAAGAUAUUGUAUACAAUUUAUAAGACUAAAUGUUAUAAAAAAAAUAAAAGUAUUUUAAUAAAUUAAGUUUAUGUACAAUUAUUUGGCAGAAUCUAACA